CACGUCAUCAAUAGAUGCCGGAAAAAGUCCCCAUGUGUCAACCAUGGAGAAAGUCAACCUCUGAAACAACAUCGCUAUAACACUGAAGUCUAUUAGGUAACUAAUUUGUUUUUUGAGGAGGUGUGCAAUGAUCUUAACAAAAUAAUUGUGUGGUUUGCACGAGUUCAGUUUUUCUUUCCCUCCGGUGGAUCUUUAUUAUGAAUACUGCUCGUCUGUGGCAAAAACCUUUUGCAUUGCUUUUCAUCCAAACCAAAUCAAUCACUGCUUGUCGCCUAGCAGUCGCCUGUGGUCCUCGUUUCCACCGGAAUGUUUUCCAGUUCUGCAGAACAAUGACGACCAACAUGGAGCAAAACACAAAGAAUUUCAAGAAGGCUAAACAGAAGGAAACCUUGAGACGACUGAAGACCAAAGACCAUCGCAACUCGCACGGCCCGUCCACCGUUUAUCUCCAGGUUGUCGGGUCAGGCAGUAGAGACAAUGGAGCCUCGCUGUAUGUCUUCUCCGAGUACAACCGGUACCUGUUCAACUGCGGGGAGGGGACUCAGAGACUGAUGCAGGAGCACAAGUUAAAAGCGUCCCGUUUGGACAACAUCUUCCUCACAAGGAUGAACUGGGACAACAUCGGUGGCUUAUCGGGCAUGAUCUUAACACUGAAGGACAUCGGAGUACCAGAGUGUGUUCUGUCGGGUCCUCCGCAGCUGGGCAACUUCAUCAAUGCCAUCAAGGUGUUUUCCGGAGCUUUGGAGGACAUCAAGUUGUCGGUCCGACCCUACACCGAGGAGGCAUACACGGACGAAACCAUGAGCGUCCAUCAGGUGCCCGUGUUUGCCCAGUUGCUGGGUGAGGGAGGACCGGGCAACUCUGCAAGCCCCGGGAGAGGAAGCCCACCUCGGAGUCCGGUCUCCAGCCAGAGGAAGGAGCUGUGGAACCCAGCUGAAGGCCAGCCAGGACACAGACCUGCCAGCCCGGGGUUGAUGUCCAAAGCUACAAGGGAUCCCUCUCUGGUGGUUGCAUUUGUUUGCAAGCUCCACGCCAAGAAGGGGAACUUCCUUGUCCCUCAAGCUGUUGCGCUAGGCCUCCCCGUCGGUAAACCAGCCAUCGGCCCCCUGGUGGUGGACCUGAAGAACGGCAAGACGGUGACAUAUGAAGGAAAAGAGAUCCGGCCGGAGCAGGUGUGCACGCCCUCUGAUCCCGGGCCCGUCUUCCUGGUGGUAGAGUGUCCCACGGUGGAGUUCAUAGACGGAAUCUGCACCAAUGAGAGACUAGCCAGGCACCAUGCGGGGGGGCCAGAGGACCCAGCCGCCCUGGUGGUCCACAUGACCCCCGAGGUGGUGCUGAAGACGGAGCGCUACCAGGAGUGGAUGGAGAGGUUCCCCAGCUCCACACAGCAUCUGGUCCUGAACGAACAGGUGCAGACGGUCCACAACGUCCGGAGCCUCAAGAUCCAGACCCAGCUCAACAUGAUCCACCCGGAGAUCUUCCCCCAACUCAAGAACAUCAACCCUAAGGAGGAGAAGGGCUCACUGCGUGCCGCCCCCGUCAGAGCAGAGUGUCUCCUCAAGUUCCAGCUCCGCCCAUUGCUGGAGUGGCAGAGAGAUGCGAUGGUGCCGUGCGACACGGCAGAGUUCCUGAAGGAGGCGUCCGAGGUGCCAGACUUCCUCCAGGAGGUGGAGGCGUGUCAGGCCUUCUGCUCCUCUGACCCCAGCGUCCUGUCUGGGAGAGCGGAGCGAUAUCCUGAGGUCAUCUUCCUGGGGACGGGCUCCGCACUGCCCAUGAAGAUCAGGAACGUCAGCGGGACUCUGCUGAACAUCAGUGCUGGUCAGUCCAUCCUGCUGGACUGUGGUGAGGGGACGUUCGGCCAGCUGUGUCGUCACUAUGGCGACGGCGUGGAUGAUGCCCUCUCCAACAUCUCCACCAUCUUCGUCUCCCACAUGCACGCCGACCACCACACGGGGCUGCUGAAGCUACUCUACCAGAGGGAAAGAGCAAUGGCGACGCUUGGCAAGCCGUUCAGCCCGGUGUACCUGGUGGCGCCCAUCCAGAUCAUGACCUGGUUGAACCAGUUCCACGACCACUGUGAGGAGAUCCUCAGCCACGUCAACAUCAUCCCAAACAAGUUCCUGUGCGAUGGAACCGAAGUUCCCAAAUACAAGACGAAGUCGUUCAUCCAAGCCGUUCUGAAGAAGAACGACCUGGACAGGUUCCAGACGUGCCACGUGCACCACUGUAGGAACGCGUUCGCCUGCAGCAUCACACAUCGCUCAGGCUGGAAGCUGGCCUUCUCCGGGGACACCAUGCCCUGUGAGGCCUUCGUGGGCAUAGGGAAGAACGCCACGCUGCUGAUCCAUGAGGCGACGCUGGAGGACGGUCUGGAGGAGGAGGCCAUCGAGAAACGCCACAGCACGACCUCCCAGGCCAUCGCCAUGGGGAUGAAGAUGAACGCUGAGUUCAUCAUGCUGAACCACUUCAGCCAGCGCUACGCCAAGAUCCCCCUCUUCAGCCCCGACUUCACCGACCGCGUCGGCAUCUCCUUCGACCACAUGAAGAUCCGUUUCGGAGACUUCCGUGUCCUGCCCCGGCUCGUCCCGGCCCUCAAGGCCCUCUUCGCGGAGGAGCUUGGGGAGAUGGAGGAGCGCAGGGAGAGGAGGGAGCUAAAGACGAGAGGAGAGCAGGAGGAGGUGCUGGAGCCCAGGGGUACCAAACGUGACCAGGAGGGGGCAGUAUCGCACAGCGGGGAAAACAAGAGACUCAAAGCCAACUGAACUCCGGCAUUUCCCACUCUUUUUACCAUACCGAGUUUACGGUCCGGGGUAUUCAAGAUACCGAUUUUCAUUUAAAUGGGAGCCCGACAAAGAUUUAACGGCGCAUGGCUUUGUGCUGGAUAUAUUUUUUAUUUUGUCCGAUGUGUGCGGUGACAGAGCGUGUGAUCUUUGUUUGCGUUGCAGUGUAUAUAGAGCAAAGCUGUUAAAACAUUUUGAUUUGUUUUAUUUGAUGCAAUAAAAAUGAUUCCAUGCA